GCUUAGCCCACCACCUCCAUAGUUCUCACUCAUUGUGUUUGUUGCUUAAAGCUUGACCUCCUGGCUUCUUCCCUUAUCUCCUUUCGUGAGAAAACAACUUAGCAGCCAUCUCCCGCAUUCCAUGCUACCACAAACAAAGCAAACCCAAAAGAAAAGAAAAGAAAAGAAAAGAAAGACCCACUAGGCCACCAAAGUCAGUGAAUGUUUGAGGGUCACCAACAGAUAUGUACUGGUAGACUAUAGCACAAAAGCAAUCCAUUCCACCCCUUACCCUAAAAAAAUUUUUUUUUAAUUAAAACUUUUAUAAUCCUCUUCCCCCCACAUGAUCAUGGAUCCUGAAAAUGGGAUCCGCAGCAGCAGGCCUAAUUUCCCUCUUCAAUUACUAGAAAAAAAACAAGAACAACUACUGCCACCACCUCCUCCUCCUCCUCCUCCUGAUCGUCAACCUUCUUCCUCCUCCUCUAACCCUGCCAAGAAACCCCCUCCUAAACGCACCUCCACCAAGGACCGGCAUACCAAAGUCGAAGGCCGCGGCCGUCGAAUCCGCAUGCCUGCCACCUGCGCUGCCAGGGUUUUUCAGCUCACUCGUGAACUCGGCCACAAAUCCGACGGUGAAACCAUCGAGUGGUUACUACAACAAGCUGAACCCGCUGUCAUCGCUGCCACUGGUACCGGUACCAUUCCUGCUAACUUCACUUCCCUUAACAUCUCUCUUCGCAGUUCUGGGUCUUCCAUCUCCGCCUCUCACCAUCUGAGGAACACUUAUUUCAAUCCCAACUUCGCUGUCCAUCAACAGCUACGCUCGAGGAGUGAGUGGGAGAGGAACAUAGUCGUUGAUGAAGCAUCCUCAGCUUCCCAGCAGCACCGAAGGAUUUUGUUUCCUCCGGAUGAUUCACUAAGCUUUAAUUCCAUUAGUUCAAGUAAUAAUAAUGUAGGUGGGAAUUUGAAUACCUCUGUUGUUUUACAUGGAUCGCCUGCUAAUAAACAAGUACGAGGAGGUGGAGACACUUCUUGUCUAGAUGUCACCGAUGGGGAGACUAGUCUAGGGAGAAAGCGAAGGCCGGAGCAUGAAUUAGGUCAUCAGAUGGGGAGCUAUUUGUUGCAAUCAACUAGUACAGGGCCAAUUCCGACGACUCAUAGUCCGAUCCCGGCGACAUUUUGGAUGGUUUCUAAUCCUAGUAAUAACCAAGUGAUAAGCGGUGACCCCAUGGCGACAUUUCCAUCUUUUAGUGCUAGUCCCAAUAUAUAUAGGGGUUCUAUGUCUGGUGGGUUGCAUUUUAUGAAUUUUCCUUCGCCCAUGGCUUUCUUGCCUGGCCAACAAUUGGGUUCAGCAAUAAGCGGAAGUGGCAGCGGCGGCGGCACUAGUAUUGUUACUGAAAGUCACUUAGGUGUUAUGGCCGCGCUCAAUGCUUAUAGGCCAAUUAUGGGUAGUGGCGGCGCCUCCGAGUCUCUGGCGAGUGGGUCAAACCCGCACCAUGGAGGAGAGGACGGGCAAGAUACAACUAUCUAAGCAAGCAAGCGUAUGGUUUGAUCAAUGCAUUGCUAUUACUUACUACAUACUUCUUAACGAUAUAUAUCUGCAUUUUGCAAUACAGGCUCAAGGUUUGAUUGUUUUGAAAAGAAUUGAGUUAAUUAGUAUUCGAUUUUUGGUGUGAUUAGUGAAGAAAAUUUUAGGGUUUGAUGAAAGAAAGUAUUCACAUGAGUAUUUGCCUGGUCUUGCUAAGGUCUAUAUCUAUGAUCUCCAGCUGUGUGUGAGUGGCUGAACCA